AUGGAUCCGAAUGUGCAGUGGACGAAAACGAAGGAUGGUGAAACAACCAAUCAUCCAUUCAAGGAACUGCUAGGUUGUUUGCAGUAUCUGGCUCUUUCAACGAGGCCGGACAUUUGUGCCGCGGUCAGCGCACUCAGCAAGCUGAUCUACACCAAGGGGGUAGAGAAGCCUGCUUUAAUGGGAUAUGCCGAUGCCGACUUCGCAAACGAUGUCGAUGACAGAAAGUCUAUUUCUGGUCAUACCUUCAAGGUAUUUGGUAAUCUGGUUUCGUGGUCAACGAAACGUCAACAUACGAAUAACCUAGGAGUCAUCAACGGAUGA